UUUUGUUAUUGACGUAACUGGAUAUUUACUUGACUGCUUUUAAAAUGCAACAAAAGGAUCAAUUUAGAGUGGCGGUUGUUGGUGGAGGUGUCGGUGGUGCAAGCUCAGCAUAUUAUUUACGACAGCUAUUUGGCAAUAAGGUUUCUAUUACACUUUUUGAACAAUCUGGACGUAUUGGUGGUCGAAUGAAAGCAGUACCUUUUUGUGGGGAUGUAUGUGAAUCUGGAGCAAGUGUUAUUCAUUCUAGCAAUCAUUACAUGAUAUCAUUUGCUAAAAAAUUCAAAAUACCUAUCAGUCGUCUUGGUGAUACUGAUCAGCGUUUUUUUCUCUAUGAUGAACAAUAUAAAUCAGUAUUUUCUAAUAUCAAUGACAGAUUUCCUUUUCUCACACCAUUCCGUUUAUUUUGGCGUUACGGGACAAGUAUACUCAACGGAAGACUAUAUACGGCGUCUAAAGUUGCCAUAUUCUCCAGGAUAUAUCGCUUACAAAAUAGUGGUAAUUGUUACACUACUCCAGCGUUACUUUUAAAGGCAUUAUCUGAAGAAUUUGUAGAAAUGACAAAGUACACCUAUGGUGAUUGGUUGCGUAAAAAAUUGGGAGUUGGAGAGAAAUAUAUCAAUGAAUUCGCAUUUGGCAUACUUUCAAACAAUUACUGUCAGAAUUUAGAUACUCACGCAUUUGUUGGUUUGAUAUCUUCAGCGUGUACAGUAUCUGAUCUGUUCACUAUUGAUGGAGGAGUUGAACAAAUUCCACAAAAAUUAGUUGAAACUGCCUUAGCAGAUAAUCCAACUGAUGCACCAAAAGAGUUUGUACACGCUACUGUCAAAAAGAUCACAAGAGUGAAUAACAAUCGACUAUGCUUGUCCUAUGAGUUAGCGGACACAAAGCAGACUGAAGAAUCUUCAUUCGACUAUGUAAUUUUAUCAAUGCCACUGCAUCAAGAAUCUAAACUGGUUACAUCUGAUGAUAUAAAGUUGCCUCAGAUAAAAUAUCAUGAAAUGAAUCGAACACUUCUAACUGGUUGCAUCAAUUAUUCACUGUUUGGUUUGCCUAAAAAAGCUUUGGGAGAUAAUCAAAAUGUAUCAUUUCUUCCUGUGGCAAAUUAUUAUUCACAUGAAAAACAUCCUAUCCGAAGUAUAAUGCAUUUAGCAGUAAAGUCUAAAGAUACCACACAGGCUAUUGAUGGUAUUUGGAGUAUAUAUUCUGAACCAAAAGAUUUACCGGAUGCAAAAACUGCACUAUCAAAAUUGCUCUUAGAAAAUCCUAACGAUGAACACAAUCGAAUUAAUGUUAUCCGAUGGUUAGCGUAUCCAACUUAUCGUCCUGUGACUGAUCCAUACACUGAUCUAGGCGAGUUCAAAUUAGCUCCAGGUGUUUAUUAUCCUAAUGCUAUUGAAUUAGCUGCAUCCUGUAUGGAAAUGGCUAUCAUCGGUGGACGUAAUGUAGCACUAAUGAUUGCCAAUGAAAGAAAAUCGUCAUCAACCACCACCAGUGAUGAAGAUACACCAUUAUACUCAAAAUUAUCAAACUAUGUGAAUAGUCUAUUCUCUAAUCAAUAGUAUUUAUCUAUGUCCAACCCCCCCAUGAAAUGUUUUCCUUCCUUCUUUAUGUAUUUUUGCUUCAUAUGAUGAGUAGCACUCAGCAAAACUUCCCGGUUGUCAUUUUGUGCUGUUGUGUAUUUUCUUCUUCUUUGAAAUCAGUGGAAUUGUGAUGAAAUGAUUAAAUCCGAAUGAUUUUUGUAUGAAAGUGUAAUUUUCUUCCCCCGUACCUUUUGUAUUCACAAUAGUCUAAAUGGACGAAUUUUUUCAUAUCGC